GACCGGCUGCCAGCCAUGGGCCGCCGGAGAGGCGUGCGAGGGCCGGCGGCCGAAGGCGGCCGCGAUCGGCGAGCCCCGGGCCGCUCCCUGAAGGCCUUCGCCGAGGACAUGGGCGCCGCGCUGCCUGCGCCCGCGGAGGCCGACGGCGGCGCCGGCCCGGCAGCGCUGCCCUGCGUGCUGGCCAUGUGGGAGCUGGGGCACUGCGACCCCCGGCGCUGCACCGGCCGCAAGCUGGCCCGCCUGGGCCUGGUGCGCUGCCUGCGCCUGGGCCGCAGGUUCGCUGGGCUGGUGCUCAGCCCCGCGGGCGCCCAGUACGUGUCCCCCGCAGACAGACAGCUCGUGGCACAGGCUGGGGUCGCCGUGAUUGACUGCUCCUGGGCCAGGCUGGACGAGACCCCUUUCGGGAAGAUGCGGGGGAGCCACUUGCGCCUGCUGCCCUACCUGGUGGCCGCCAACCCUGUCAACUACGGCCGGCCCCGCAAGCUGUCCUGUGUGGAGGCGUUCGCCGCCGCCUUUUACAUCGUGGGCCUCGCGGAGCUCGCCGGCCUCCUGCUGCAGAAGUUCAAGUGGGGCCAGGGCUUCCUGGACCUGAACCAGCAGCUGCUGCAGGCGUACGCGGCCUGCCGGGGGCCCGAGGAGGUGCUGCGGGCCGAGCAGGAGAUCCUGGCCGGCGCCGAGCACGGAGCGCAGGAGCAGGAGAUCGACCCCUUCGACGUGGAUUCGGGGCGAGAGUUUGCGAACCUCAACAGACCUGUGGCCAGCGCCCGGCUGGCCGCCGAGGACUCCGGUGACGACUCGGGUGACAGUGACGCGUCUGAUGCCAAGGGCGGGACAGACAGCAGCAGCUGCUCCGGAGCCGGGGACCCAGCUGCACGAGGGGCCGAGCCGCGGCGAGGGGACGCGGAAGGAGACGCAGAGCCGGAAGCUGCACACACUGUAUUGUCGCGGCUGGGGCGGGGCGGGGCGGGCACUGCGCAAUGA